UUUCACCAUUCCUGUUUCUUGUUAGGUGGUAGAAUAUUCAAUCUUACACAUCUCGGUAGCGGCCUUGUCAUCCUUGGCCAUACGACACGGCCUCUUUGGGAAUGCUUGCUCUGCACCGCAGCAUACCUCCUUUCACGGUAUCUGCACUUUGAUCUCUCAUAUCAGCACGAUUACGACAGAUCUUGGACCAGUCACCACCCCUUCAAGACCGGCUGACAGGGCAGGCGUGGCGCGCUCUUGUCUGGCGUGUUUGCCCACGUAUUCCCCCGCGAAAGUCCGAUCUGGGCAUGCCGACGUCUAACUUCUCGUUGUCUUGACCACGGUACCGCCCCUUCCGAUUCGCAUGGGUCGCCGUUCAUGACGAGGCUGACCUGACAGGCGGAGAAUGACCGCUGCUGUAUGGUUCGUUAUGCUUCCUGUUACCUUGUCCAAAGCCUGUCUGCGCCUCUCUGGAGACUGGGCUUGUCCAAAGCCCAUGCUCUGUCCAAUUUCGCCGUAGCACCCCGACAAACCCAAUUCGUAUACAAUGGCUGCAAUCGUCUCAUUCUUGCCCGACAGCUUCCCUUUCCGACCUUUCUUUCCUUUGUCUUUCUUAUCACGCGGGAGGCCCCCUGGAAACAACGACUCGAAUGAAUACAUAGUGCCAGACUCCCUUGCCACCAUCCCGACUGCAAGUCUGCACGUCUGCACGUCUGCACCAUCGUCUGGACGGAGGUCCUGGUUCUUUUACCUCACCUCCUCCUCGGAGACGGUGAUCACAAUGCCGCGAUAUGAGGAGGCGCCGCCCAGCUACAGUGACGCAGUCAUACUAGACAAGCUCCGGGCGGAAGUCCAACGCCACGAUGAAGAGUUAUACGGCGAUCAGAUCGAACGUUCAUCAUCCACCGAAGAAGACGAGUCCGAGAGCGUGUGGGAAAGUCAAUAUGGCGAAUGUCCGCCUGUCGCGAAGUGGCUCGUGCAAACCACAGCAGAACCGUCCAUGUGGAAACUAAUGUCUGGCCCUCUCAUGUCCAACGCGACCACGGCGUACAACAACGACCCACUACACAAACGACGUUACGCGGUCCUCUUCCCGCCUGGUUACGAAGACGUCUAUCUCCACAAAUCGACCUGGUAUGCCAACGCUGCCACGCUCCCGCCAUACCAUGUCGAGAUAUAUUCCUGCAAAAACAACGGUCGAUACGAGGCCGAGCCCAUCAUCGUCCUCGGACCGACCGAGGGCGAUGACGAUGUCAUGGAAGCGUUCGCUCGAAGUCAUGCCGCGCUCCAUGUGUCCAAGGUGUUUGCACGAGUCGAACAGGCCAUGUCACAAACCUCGCGGCUCGUGACGUUUUGCGAAGGUGAGUUCUUCAGCUGGGAUUGGAAACGCAAAACGUCGGCUGCGAGGCACGAUAUGCAGGUCUUGAUCAACAAGGCGCGAAAAGAACUCAUCCGGGACGCCAGUUUCGUGGUGCGAUUGGAUCAGUAUCUGGACUUUGUGGGGAAGGCCGGCGACACUCAAUUACUGUCGAAUAUGGAAUUCUUCCGAGGCAGUAUCAAAGACAGUGGGCGCAGACUUCGUCGAAUGCGACUGUGAUAUGAUGGUAGGGAUGGUGUUACAUUUUGGUGUUGGACAUUUGGACAUUGGGCAUAAACCGGGGCGUGGGGCGUCGGGGAUUCGGGGAGUGAUGUAUCAAACGCACAUUUACCAUGGACGCUGGACAUUCAUGGUUGUUUGGAGGGGAGAGACAGCGGGAGAGAGGGAGGGGAAGAGAGAACCUUGGGCUACUCCUGGAGUUGGUAUACGAUCUGGGUCUGAAUUGAGAGCAUUUCUAGCGAUUGCCUUUUUUUAUGUGUGUGGGUGGGUGUUAGUUGAAAAGAUACCAAUUUACCCAAGUCUCGAAGAAAUCGAGCAUGACC